CUAGUGAGCAAUGGUAAAGCUAUCCUAUUAUUUGGUGGCAGGAACCUUUUACAGGGGUCUCUCAUCAGGAUCCACGCUGGGUUUGCACGCGGAUAAUGGAACGCAGCCUUCGUCUGUUGGGACAUGCUGAGGGUUGUAGUUUUGCAGCAGCUGGAGAGCCACAGGUAUUAGUGUAGUAAUCAUAGACUGAUCCUGGGCUGUCUUCAGGGGGGCCACAGGUUACUGGGGGACGCAGAACGUUCCUAGACAUCCCUCGCAUUUCUUCUUUUGGAGCGAGCAGUAAGAUUCUCCGAGAUAUAUCUGGAAUUCGCAGCUCGGCAGUGGAGGAAUGUUCCUGCUGCAGGACACACCCGCUCCACCCUGAACACAUCUCAGCUUGUCCUGCAGCUCUGCCGAUCCACAGCAACCUGCUGCUUUAUGGAGGGCGAGAGGCCGAGAUGGGAAAAGGGCUCUUCAGGACGGGCCCGGAGGACAGGCACCGGCCGCCGAGGGUCAAGGGAGGCCGCCAGGGGCCUGAAGAGUCCUACAGAUGUCAGAGUCAUGGAGCCCACGUGUGCCCCGGGUCAAUUACUGAACGGCCAGCUGUUGUCCUCUGGUAUCAGCAUCCUGGAUCGGCUCAUCAAAACCUGCCCGGUGUGGCUGCAGCUCUGUAUGGGAGCGCAGCAGGCGGUGGAGAUACUGCGCAGGGAGGCUUCUGGGGUCUUCUUGGUCACCCGGGAUGUGGAGGUGAAGGGUAUGGUUCUCUGGGUCCGUCUCUCGGAGUGUAGAGAAGCGGCCGACGUUCUCCGUUACAACAUUAGAGAGGAGAAAACAAUGGUGAACGUGGAGGGCUCCGUGUUGGUGUUUAAAGAUAUAUUUAAGCUGGUGGCGUUCUACUGUGUAAGCAGAGACAUUUUACCGUCUGUCCUGAAACUGCCGCCUGCCAUAUCUGGUGCCCAAAGCCUACUAGAUCUGGAAGAGAUUUCCAACCUUGGCACAGGAUUCUGGGAUUCUUCCUUAAAAAAUAAAAACCCUUCAAGUAUCUCUCAGUCUGGGAAAUCUGCUGCUCUCGGGAAUCUCCGGAGUAACGACAUCGGCCGAACGCAACACGGUUCUAGUGAAUUCGGUGACUGUACAUGCGAAAUAGAGAUCUCUGCUGGAAACGACCGGAUGUGGUUUGUCAGCCCAAUAUUUAUAGAAGAAUGUAGCAAUGUGGACACUUCUAAAAAACUUCCUCUUAUGAACUGUAUUGCGAAGCCUGAAAUUCAGAAGCCCAAAGUCAUGCAUCGGAGACCUCCUCCUCCCCCACCCCCUACGUUACAUAAGCCUCCUCUGCCCUCUGUUCCUCCAUCUGCUCCUCCUCCAAAUUAUAUACGUCCACAAUCUGACUCAUGCCCGUUAAGAUCUCCUACACAGUCAGGACCAUCCACAUCUGAAUGUCAGUCACCUUCAGAGACGCCUUCAACAGAACUUCCUCUAGCUGAGCCUCCUAAAUCAGAGACCACUCCUGAACCUCCUACACCUGAAAAUCCUACUGAGCCGCCUCCAUCUGAAACCCCUACUGAGCCGCCUCCAUCUGAAACCCCUACUGAGCUUCCUCCAACUGAGCCUCCCACAUCUGAGACCCAUUCUGAGCUUCCUCCAGCUGAGUCUCUUAUUCAAUAUUCCUCUUCUGAACCUCCUCAAUCUCUAAAUUUAUGCUCCUUGCCUAAUAUUUCCAUACCCAACCCUGUGGAUCUACCUGAUCGCUCUUCUCCAGUUGACCAUCCCACUUGUAGUACUGCAUCUGAUCUUAUCUUGGUACCCUCACCUGAUCUUCUUUCUGCAACUGAAUCCAGUCUCGCUUCUUCUCCAUCUACGUCCAUCUCUUUUACUCUUCCUUCACAAACACACUCCCAACUCCUUUCUUUUACUUCCAACACCAAAGACCAGGAAGACCACCAGGUUGAGGGAUCUCCAGUUCCUUCCACUGAUGUAGACCUUCUUAAGGAACCCGUGGAAACCAUGAAAAUCAACGUAUUCAGUAAUGACUCUCAUCAACAAGGACCACAGACUCCAACACCAGUUCGUGCUCCUCCUGCUGUGCCGAGAAGGCGACAGUCCGGUAAGGGUCCUGAGAAUAAAGGAACUAUUUUUUCAAUGAAGGAUAAGGUAGAUGGAAGUAGUCCAAACCUGGCUGCUUCAAAACCUGACAGCCCUACAAGCAACAAGACCGGGGCAUCAGCCGAGCAGCACAGUGCAACAUUGGAGAAUGGGAAGAAGAGUCGUCCAGUACCACCGCCAAGAACAAGGAGGCUUUCCUCCAGGUUAUCAUCUGUGACACCUGAUAAAGGCAAAGUGGAUACUACAGGUGUCUUAGAGACUGAAACACUUUCCAAAAUUGCAAAAGGAAAAGCUGCCGACAGGAAGAUGUCAAGGCAUAAGCAGUUGUCCAACCCAUUGCCGAGGACCUCUAAUCCACCUCUGCCUUCACAUGGUUCAGAUCCUACAUUGGCAAAGCCAGAGGCAGAUUCCUAUUCCACCAGCAGCGCGGAAGAAGACUCUGAACCACGUGCAAGUGCCUCAAUCAAGAAGUCACAGUCGUUCAUGCUGGACCGGGCCAAGAACCGGUUGUCAAUCGUAUCCAUUACCAACGUCUUUACUGCCUUCAUGUCUGCAGACCGGAAGCUCCAGAAGAAGAUCACGGAGCUGGCUCAUGAUAAAGACUCCUACUUUGGAAACUUGGUCCAGGACUAUAAAGCGUACAGUCUGGAGAUGAUGGCCAAACAGAGCUCCAGUACCGAAAUGCUCCAGGAGAUCCGGCUGAUGAUGACCCAACUGAAGAGUUACCUGGUGCAAAGCACGGAACUGAAGUCCAUGGUGGAUCAUACCAUCUACACGGACGACAGAAUAGAUACCAUUGUGGAGGCGGCUCUUUGCAAGUGUGUCCUGAAGCCCCUGAAAUCGGCCAUUGAAUGUUAUUUGCGUGAGAUCCACAAUAAGGACGGCUCAUUGAGGCUGCUCACAGAGAACCAGCAGGUCAUCCAGGAGACGACCACCACUGACCUAGGGGUCACCACCAGCGUGCCGGACAGCAGCGUCAUGGAGAAAAUUCUGCAGAAGUUUAGCACCAUGCACAAGACCUACUCCCCAGAGAAGAAAAUAACCUACCUCCUGAAGGCUUGUAAACUUAUCUAUGACUCCAUGGCGGCAGGAAACCCAGGGAAGCCCCAUGGCGCUGAUGACUUCCUGCCGGUUCUCAUGUAUGUUCUAGCCCAGUGUGACCUUGUAGCUCUUCUCCUAGAUGUGGAAUACAUGAUGGAGCUGAUGGACCCCGCUCUGCAGCUUGGAGAAGGCUCCUAUUAUCUAACGACAACCUAUGGAGCUCUGGAACAUAUCAAGAAUUACGAUAAAAUCACAGUCACUCGGCAGCUGAGCCUGGAGGUUCAGGACUCCAUCCACCGCUGGGAGCGGAGGCGCACGCUCAAUAAAGCCAAGGUCUCGCGUUCCUCCAUACAGGAUUUCAUCACCAUCUCCUUCGAGGAGCUGGACUCUAAAACCAGGACCUUGGCCACGAAACCAGACAUGAGCGUAGCGGAGGUGGUCUGCCAGUGUGCCGAAAAAUUUGAGGUGUCUGAGCCGGACAAGUAUGGACUCUUUGUGCUGGUGAAUGACCGCUGCGUGCGCCUCGCGGAUGACGCCUUCCCGCAGCAGGUGAAAUGCCGGCUGCUGAAGAACGAGCAGAAGCUGGACUUUCACUUCCUGUACAAACGGACCAGCGCGCAGGACGCGGCCAUGAACGAGCUGGACUUUCUCUAGACCCACCACUGGAUGAUCUGGGGCAGACGCCAUAUUUGUCUCUCUCUGGGUUUGGCUGGACCGACCCAACGACUUCCGAUAUUGCAGCAUAGCGCGAACAGACUAUCACCUGUACACAAGGGGGGGGGGGGGGGGGGGGGGGCUUUGUACCCGGUGCACGUUCCGGAAGGGAGGGGCACAAGCCAUAUUUCUGGGAGGUCCCUAGAAAAGACGCAUGGGGGAGGAGGGUUUUUUUUGUAAAUAUUUUACAAUCAAUUUUUGUUUUUUUUAAUGCAGCAAAAGCAAAUUGUAAUAAAGGCAAAGCAGAAAAUGAGAAUUGCUUGAGUAACAAUUACAUUAAUAUGCUAAAACCAGCAUUGCUUCUGCUGUCUGUGUGGAAGGAUCCAGCAAGGCUGGGGAAGAUGCUCCCUGGUAUCCAU